ACUUGUCACAUGAUACUACUAGUUUCUUGCAGGGAAUUUCUGUACAAUGACAAAAUCCAAAUAUAAACUCAGCGUUACAAACUUCAUUUUCCCCUAAAAAGUACAAGAUAUACAAUGUAUGUGAAGCCUGCAACAGACAUGGACUGUGUCACCAACCAAGAUUCCCUGUAUCUGCCCAAUUCUGUCGGGGCAUCACUGGAGGAGCUGGAGCUGUGGAGUCAGUUCCACCAUGAGGGGACAGAGAUGAUCAUCACCAAGUCAGGACGGAGGAUGUUCCCACAGUGCAAGAUACGACUGUUUGGGCUCCAUCCUUACACCAAAUAUGUGGUGCUGGUGGAUUUUAUUCCCAUGGACAACUGCAGGUACAAGUGGAACAAGAACCAGUGGGAGGCGGCAGGAAAAGCAGAGCCUCACCCACCAUGCAGGACCUAUAUUCACCCAGACUCCCCAGCCCCUGGCACACACUGGAUGAAGGAUGUAAUCUGCUUUCAAAAACUAAAACUCACCAACAACACAUUGGACCAACAUGGACAUAUAAUCUUGCACUCAAUGCAUAGAUACAAGCCGAGAUUCCAUGUUAUCCAGUCUGAUGAUGUAUACAACACUCGGUGGGGAUUACUGCAGGUAUUCAGCUUCCCAGAGACAGAGUUUACUGCAGUCACAGCGUACCAGAAUGAGAAGAUAACAAAAUUGAAAAUUGAUCACAAUCCAUUUGCCAAAGGCUUCCGGGAACAGGAGAGAAGCCACAGAAAGGAUGACAUUAUGAAGCUACUGCCACAAAGCCCAAGCAAGCGCCAGAAAAGAAAAAAGUGGGAGGACAGCCCUGCAGAUGAUGAAGAUUGCUCCAAGGUUGCCCGUGUGAAAGAAGAGCCCAGUGUGGUCCCUGGAGGGGUGUAUCCACACUGGGUUCCAGAUCAUGAAGGAAGCCAAAACCUGACACCCAGCUCCCCAGAGCUAACAGCCUCUCCACACCAGGAGCAGCAGGUUCCCUCCUCUUCCUCCAGCUUUUUAUAUAGGGCCCGCCAAAGGAGAUGUCCUCAGCCAGUAUCAAGCUCCUUUGAUGUGUGUGAAGUACCUGGCAGGCGUCUCACACCAGAUACUGCUACAGUGCCAGAGUCUGAUGCAUUUCAGCUGCCUGCAUUUCCUUCAUCCCAGUCUGCACAGGAAAGCUCAAGUGCAGUGAGCAUUCCCAUGGAAACACCCACAAGGCAGUCACUGCGUGGACCAAUGUAUAGCCCAUAUGGAGCAGAGCAGUGGAUGGUUCCUACCCAAGGACAGUAUCGGCCCAUGGGCUACUCCUAUCCAGCAGACUUUAACGCACAAGGGACAGUGAGCCACCCACACAAUGGGAUGUCAGACUGGAGCCAGUAUUCUCUCUUCCCAUACACAUGCUGGUAAACUGGGAGUAGACUAGCUGAUGGACUACACAAUGUGUUUGACAGCCUUCUCCAAUAUGCUGACUUUUUUGUUUUAUCUUUGGAAGAAACUGAACCAGUUAAUAUCGGAAGCACCUCUCAUUUUAUAAAUCUAAUCCGUUAUUCUCUCAUGUUGAGGGGUAAAGGGAAAUGCCCCAAAGAUGACUAUUGGCACAAACUUGGAGAUGCCUUCUCCUGGCGAGUAAUAAUUAUUUCUUUUAAGAUUGACCCCAUUCUCUUUAUUUCUCAGCACAGCUAAUAUUUUCCUAUGGACUGUUUGAAAAUAAUGCAAGAUGAGAAUUAUGGAUUGGACUAUUACUGGGAAUAAAUCCACAAUGCUGCUAGUGCUAGGGGUAACCAGCUUUGCUUCUCAGCUGCAGGUAGACUAGUGCUAAAUGCACGUAUGUACCUUUGUGACUGCUUGGCACAAUGUAUGUCUGGAGAUGCAUCUAUUCGGCUAUGUUUGUGACAAGUUACAGCCUCAACAUUAGCCACUCUACAGUGUUUGUGAGCACCAUGUAAAGAGGAUUGAGGCCAGAAAAAAAUCCUUUUAUUUAGUAUUGCUUUGCACAUAGGUGUAAUAUUUUUUUUUUGUGUGUCCUGAAUAGUGUUCUGUUUAUAAUAUAACAUUUGCUUUGCACAUUUCCCUGGGGUUGUUUGGGUGUGAUGAGCACAUUAAUAAGCCACACAGUUAUUUUUGGUUUUUAUUCAGGUUUUUUUUUUCAACAAAUGUACACUGUUUGAAAUUGUUGCAUGCGUUACACAGGUUUGUGUGUAAUAGGCAUACUAGUACUAAUGGGAUCAUCCACCAAAAAACACGGAUCCUGGAGAGCUUUACAUUUUUUGUACAAUGCAGACAGUAAAAACAACCUAUUUCUGUGGCUGACAUGUUUCUUUACUCUUUGGACUAGGAAGCCGUCUAUAUUGGUUCUCUGAUCUAGAGUAGUGAUCUCUGUAGAGAUAGUGUACUACCUGUAAAUAGAUUUUAUUUAAGAAAUGUGGACUUGUAAUUCAUAUCCUUCUAGUGAAUGAUGUUUUAUGUCAUUUUUAUUUAAUGGAUUGGAAAGUGAAAAUGAUGAAAUGUACAUUUGUUGGUCAGUGUCAUUUUACACCUUCAAUAAAUGUCCAAUACAUAAAAAAAA